GGCGAAGUUUCAGAAGUUUUCGGUUGAAUUCAUUCCGAUUCAUAUAUUCUCCUCCUCCUUCACUCCCUCUCUCGAUUCUCAAUUCGCACCAACAAAAAAACCCUAGAAAAAUGGGCAACAUUAUGAACAAGGAGGAGCCACCACCGCCCAUGGUGCUCGUUCCUCCUCUCUUCGAUUUUCCGCCUCUUGCUGCUCGCACCAGGAUGUUGGAAUCGUCAUAUAACAUGUUAUUUGGGAAACUUGCUUUGAAAUGCCUUUUUGAGGAUUAUUAUGAAGAAGCGAGGCAUUUUACUACCAGAAUUAUGUUGAAGCCAAUUGAUGAUCCUCAUGUAGAUUUGAUUGCUACAGUGUCAGGUCCAUUAGAUCAUAAGCCCGAUGAGAAAAUUACAGGAAAUGCAUUAUUUCGGUGGCAAAGCGAUGUGGACGACCCUCAUACAUUCAUGGACCUUUUUGUCUCAAACUUGGAUCCUAUUCUGCAAAUGCGCUCAUGUGCUUACUACCCUAGAUAUGGUUUUGGAGCGUUUGGUAUUUUUCCACUCCUAUUGAGAAAAAGAAUAGCUUCGGAAGAUUAUGGUGUCAUGGGACUGAGGUAUGGCUCAGGAAAUUUAUCCUUUGGAGCCACACUCAUGCCUUUUGCUGUGAAAGAUGAGUUGCCUAAGAGUGCAUGGCUUGUAAGCAAGUUUGGAAGGCUGACUGUUGGAGUACAGUAUGAGGCACUAAAUGGAAGCAAAGCUGGUGCUAAAUAUAAGAAUUUAACGAAUUGGAGUGCUGCAAUUGGCUAUGGAGUAGGAUCAGGAAGCCCCCUGAGUCCUUCUUUCAAUUUUUGCCUUGAACUUGCAAAUAGUUCUCAGUUCAUUGCUUCAUUUUACCAACAUGCAGUGGUCCAAAGACGGGUCAAGAAUCCGUUUGAAGAAAAUGAAAUAGUUGGAAUUACAAAUUAUAUUGACUUUGGGUUUGAGUUGCAGACAAGGGUUGAUGAUGCCAACACAUCAAAGAAUAUCCCAGAAUCCACCUUUCAAGUUGCUGCAUCCUGGCAGGCCAAUAAAAAUUUCUUAUUGAAGGGAAAGCUGGGACCUCUCAGCUCAUCAUUGACAUUAGCAUUCAAGUCAUGGUGGAAACCAUCAUUUACUUUCAAUAUUUCAGCUACCAGAGACCGCAUUAUUGGAAAGACAGCAUAUGGAUUUGGCAUCCGCGUAGAGAAUCUUAGAGAAGCCAGUUAUCAAAGAGCUGACCCAAAUUUCGUGAUGUUGACACCAAACAAGGAGCACCUGGCAGAGGGCAUCCUUUGGAAAAGUGGAAAGCAACCGAUGCUACAAUCUGAUGUAAAUGCGGGAAAUUUUGAUGGUUUGCCAAGAGAAUUAAGACCACUGGGAAAGAUGUUGUAAAAUUUUGUUUCUCUUUUUCUUGGAUUAGAUGAGGGUUCCAUUAGUAAAGUUAAUGUUUUAUUUUGUGUUGUAACACGGGGAGUGUGUUGCAAAAUGUCUACAAAAAAUUUUGCACAGGUUAACAUUUGUAGGGUGGUAUAUAUGAAAUUUUGGUUUACGUUAUAGUAGGUUCAGAUCCUACUUGUGAUUAUUUCAUAACUAGUGAUUUUGGAUUUUUCCAUGAUCAA